ACGGCAAACGAACAGGAAGAAAAGAUGGCGGCGAAAAACGGGAAGAGUGGCUUACUGGAGAAAUGGAGGAUUGAUGAAAAGCCAGUGAAAAUUGAUAAGUGGGAUGGAGCUGCUGUGAAGAAUUCUCUUGAUGAUGCCGCCAAGAAGGUCCUCUUGGAGAAAUACGGCUACGUGGAGAACUUCAACCUUGUAGAUGGCCGUCUGUUCAUAUGCACAGUUUCCUGCCUCUUCGCCAUUGUAGCUUUAGUGUGGGACUACCUUCACCCCUUCCCUGAGUCCAAACCAGUCCUGGCAUGCUGUGUUAUAUCUUAUUUCAUAAUGAUGGGCAUUCUUACUUUGUACACCUCGUACAAAGAGAAAAGCAUCUUCCUGGUGGCUAUUCAGAAAGACCCAGCUGGCAUGGACCCCGACCAUGUCUGGCAGCUUUCAUCAAGUCUGAAAAGGUUUGAUGACCAGUACACUCUAAGAGUAGCGUUUAUUGAUGGUAAAUCCAAACAGUCAAGGGAGACAGAGUUCACAAAGUCAGUGGGAACUUUCUUUGAUGAAAACGGGACAUUGGUGAUGGACCAGUUUGAGAAGAAUGUUUCAAAACUUCAUGACUCCCUGGUGAUGGAAAAGAAAACAAAGUAGAAAUGAUCAGAAACAGAACAUGCCAGCCUCAUUAGGAUACAGCCCUGCAAUAUCAAAAUUGCUGCAGGAGAUACACUGGUUUUGUUUUGUCUUGAUUCAUAGGGGUUAGCUAUUGGUUAUCUUCAAAUUCCAGGUCUGCACAUCAGUUUUUUCCCCUUGGACCUUGUUGACCACUUUUUCAUAUGAACUCAUCUGACUGAUAUUUGUUUUGAGUAGUCUCUCAUAUUGCAGAUUUCUUCUGGCUCUAAAUGCUUAUGUUUUUUUUUUUUUUGAUGCGGAGUUUAUAGCUCCCCUCUUUCUUGUUCGAGCAGCAGGCACUCUGUAUUUGAAGUAAACUGUCAGUGCUUUUUUUUUUUACACAGAAGAACCCAUUUAAUAUUUUCUUGCUUGAAAAUUCAGAAGUUCUGGAUUUUGGGAACAUUAAAUAGGUUCAGCUGUAAUUGAUAUUUUUCAUACGAUGUAAGCAGCUUCUCAUGCUGUAACAAAUGAGACCUUUACAUUUUGGUUAAUUAUGUCACAUUUUCUUUGCUUGAUUUGAAAUUUAAAGCAGUGCGUUAUUUACACUGACAACAGCAUAUUUUGUUUUCAGAAUCUAAUUGCUGCUUCAGUUGCUUUAAAAUUGUGUAAUGCUAACAGAACGGUCAUGCUUUCAGGAUUCUGAAACUGCAAUUUUUCAUACAGCAUCUUAUGUGAAUGAAG